ACCGCCUCUCGCCCUCGCUUGUCUUCUCCUUCCUCUCGCCUCGCCUCCCUUGCACUCAACCACGCCUUGAUCUCCCACACGCGAGCCAAGAAUUCGCGCGCCCAGAUGAGCUCCCCGGCCGCCGCGCCGCCCGGCGACCUCGUCCUCCCGCCGCUGCCGCCGAUCAAGACGACGGCGCCGCCGCCGCCGCCUGCGCGGACGUCGUCGUCAACGGCCUCGCCGGCGCCGUCCGACGAAGCGAGGGCGCCUCUGAAGAAGGAGGAGGAGGAGGAGCCGACGACGCCGACGUCGGAGGAGAGCAGGCUGCGUGCGCCGACCGUGUGCCCGCCGGCGCCGAGGAAGCCGGCGCGGACGGCGAAGAGGAAGUCGCCGCCGCCUCCGUCGUCGUCGCCGUCGCCGUCGACGCUGGUGUUCUUCCCCGUGCAGCGCGACCUCGCCGCCGUGUUCCGGUCGCUGCCGCCCAAGAAGCGGAUCCGCGCCGGCUGAUGAUGAUCUCUACCCACCCACACAUCGCCGCCGCCGCCGGAGCAGCACAAUUGGGCGUAAAUUAUGGGGCUCCAUGGUUCGAUCCAUCCACUUCCUCGGUGAAUUCUUGGAGUUCUUGUGAUCUUCUCUUCCUUCUCUGCCACUUUUUUUUCUUCCUCUCUCUCUCUCCUCUGGUUCUUGCAUGGUUCCCACGGCCAUGGUAUAAUUAAUUUCUGGUGCAAAUAAUGUGUUGUUUUUUUUAGUUCUUUUUUCUUCUUUUUUUAGAAGGCUUGUGUGAAGAAGAAACUGUAGAAUUAUUUAUAGGUGAAAUGGGGAAAAAAAGGAGAAAGGAGUUGUAAGAGAAAUUCCCGGAGAUCUUGUUAAUUAUUUAUUAAGUAUAGUUAAAUUCACAGCUCUAAGAUUUACAUGCUCAAA